AUGUGCUGGAAUUGCAAAUUGAGCGAUGACGAUGACGAAUAUUUCCUCGAUCUAAUUCCCUUGUCGAUGGGAGAGUUUCAAGUAGUAAUCGGGAUGGAUUGGUUAGCUCGAUAUCCCGCGAAAGUAAUAUGUAACCGUAAGGAGAUACAACUAAUGUCUUCGAGCGGAAAACAUGUUACUAUUUACGGGGAAAAAAGUUGUAGCCUCAUAAUCUGCUCUUAUAUUAAAGCUUGUAGGCUGGUUCGACAUGGAUGUAAGGCGUAUAUGGCUUACGUACAUGAUUUGACUAAAGAAUCUUCAGAAAUUAAAGACGUACCAGUCGUACGAGAGUUUGAAGAUGUUUUCCCGAAAGAUCUACCCGGGUUACCAUCGAAACUUGAGGUGGAGUUUGGCAUCGAAUUAGUUCCGGGUGAAAAACCGGUAGCCAAGGCUCCGUAG